AUGCAAGGAAUAUUUAAAGAAGGACUCGUCAAGAAGCAAGGCCACAUUAUUAAAAACUUUAAAGAAAGGUGGCUCGAACUAACAUAUGAUAAGCUGGUCUAUUUAACCCGAAAAGAUGGCGAAUUUAAAGGCGAAAUUCAGAUCCACAAAUUCAUGUAUCCCUUCUUGAAUAAGACCUUUAAAGUCCAACCCUGCUUCACUGUUGAAUCAGAUACCCAUAAAUUUUUCCAUUUUGUCGCUGAAAAUGAAAGAGAAGCGGAGAGUUGGGUAGCAUCAAUUGAACUAGUCAUUGCAAUUCGUGCAGGUGUUGGAAGAAUUCGAGAUAUGUCCAUAUAUAACACCAUUUACAAUAAUUAUAUUUUAAUUUCAGAACUCCUUUACCAACACAAUAAAAACAGUAUUCAAGAAAUUGUUAACAUAAUGAAAGAUGCAAUAGCCCAAAAUGUUUACACCCUUACCGAAUGCCUGAAGAUGAUCGUGGCAAUUCAAAAAAGACGCAAGAUUUUCACGAUAUUCUAUGUCGACACUAUUACAAAUCUAUUACGCUCUAUGAACGUCCAAUUGGAUCGAAAACAAGUGGAUAUUCUUAGAGGAAUGGAAACAUUUUUAAUCAAAAGAGGUUUUAUUGACAAAGAAAUACCCGAUAAGCACAAAAAUCUUACGGAUGAGGAAAUUGUUCUCAAUUGCAAAUCAGGCGGAAUGAAAUACGUCGUUUUCAAAGACGAUCUCGAUAAAUUCAAAGAAAUUUACGAUAGCCUUUCCGAAUCUGACCAAUGGGCAGCACUCGCAUUCUCAAUCAAAGUCGGUUCUCCUAACAUUUUCAAGUUUUUACUCAAAAAAGGCCACAAAAUCCAUUCAAUGGAUUAUCAUAAGGCCUUUUUAGGCGGAAACCAAGAAAUCCUUGCUGCCCUUGAUUUUAAGAAGUACGAGCUAUCACCCGAAACCAUGAACAAGCUUGUUGAACGACAUAUCUUAGAUGGAUAUCGCGAGCUCGCAAAAGAUUUCCCUCCAUACUCCUACAACUGGUCAUCCGCAACCGAAUCGUUUAACUUCAAGCAGUUUUUCGAAAAAGUUUUUGCGGCUCCUGAUCUCAAUUAUUCGGACGAAAGCUUUUCGAACGCUUUGAUCGAAGCCUCCAGAUAUGGCUUCACCUCAAUCUGUAAGUUACUUGUUGAUUUCGGAUCUUCAGUCGAAAGGACAAAUCUUAUUCGCCAAACCCCCUUCAUGGAAGCAGUUAUUGCAGGUAAUUUCGAAACUGCUGACUUCCUCCUUGAGAAGAACUCCGAUAUAAACUUCCAAAACGCUAAGGGACAAACUGCAUUAUAUUUAUGUGCGGAUUUCAACAGAAUCAAGGCUGUCGACUACCUCCUCAGUCAUGGAGCAGAUAUGAACAUCGCAAAUGAGAAGCUACAAACACCGUUUUUGAGGUGUAUUAUCAAAAGUUUCAUGGAUCUCGCCAGAACCUUCCUUUCAAAGAAGUGUGAUGUCUCUAUGGUCGAUGAGAAGGGAUUCGCUGCUAUCCACUACUGCUCAAUGUAUGGAUUAAUGGAUAUGCUCAACGAAUUGAUCGAAAACGGCGUUGACAUCAAUAUGAGAGAUGGCGAAAUGAAUACACCGGUCUUCAUUGCAUGCAAAAACAAGAGAUUUGACGUUGUCAAAAUUUUAAUCUCAAAUGGUGCCGAUUACAACGCUCCAAAUAACGUUGGAAAGGUUCCUCUUCUUGCAUCUAUCGAAGAGCAUGACGAGAAAACUGCUCUUUACCUUCUCGAAAAGGGAGUUAAGAUGUCUGAAGAUAAUGUCGCGGCAUGCAAAGACAUUGCUAACAAAUUCUCAAUGUCCAAUGUUCUUACAUUACUUUACAAACUGUAG